GGGCUCCGUGUUCCUUUGAAGCCCUCCCGCCAAACCUUAUCAGCUUAUCCACUAACCAUAAACCACUCUCUCCCUCUCUCUCUCCCUCUCUCAUCACACAACCAAUGUCUUCAAUAUCUCUUUCGAUCUUCAUCAGUUCUGUUGCUCGAUCCACACACUCCAGCUCUAGAAACUGGAGAAUCAGAUCCUCCUCAGCCGCACCGCCCUUCACCUCUCUCCAAUCCGCCAUUGAUAAGAAGGAUAGUGAUGCUGUUAAAGAAGCACUUAAUCAGCUCUCUGAAUCUGGUUGGGCUAAAAAGUGGAGUUCUCAACCCUAUGUUUCGCGACGCACGACAUCGCUUCGUGAGUUGACAACUCUUGGAUUGAAAAAUGCUGAGAACCUUGCAAUACCUAGUGUUCGAAAUGAUGCUGCUUUUCUUUUCACUGUGGUGGGAACUACAGGGUUCUUAGGACUUCUUGCUGGUCAGCUUCCUGGGGAUUGGGGCUUCUUUGUACCAUAUUUGAUUGGGAGCAUUUCGUUGGUAGUUCUGGCUAUAGGGAGUAUUUCACCUGGGCUUCUUCAGGCUGCAAUCGGUGCAUUCUCAACCUUCUUCCCUGAUUAUCAGGAUAGAAUUGCCAGGCAUGAAGCUGCACAUUUUCUGGUUGCAUACUUACUGGGUCUCCCGAUUCUUGGGUAUUCUCUGGACAUUGGAAAAGAGAACGUUAACCUUAUAGAUGAAAAGCUGGAAAAACUCUUGUACAGUGGACAACUGGAUUCAAAAGAACUUGACAGGUUGGCGGUUGUAGCAAUGGCGGGGCUAGCAGCAGAAGGUCUAAAAUAUGAUAAAGUGGUUGGCCAAUCCGCUGACCUAUUUACUCUACAGAGAUUUAUAAACAGAAGUAAACCCCAGAUCAAGUCACAAGAACAGCAAAACCUAACCAGAUGGGCAGUUUUGUUCGCGGGAUCGUUGUUAAAAAACAAUGAAAAACUUCAUGAAGCCGUAAUGUCUGCGAUGUCAAAGAAGGCGAGCGUGGUAGAGUGUAUUGAAGCGAUUGAAAACGCGGCUGCAUGAUCCCACAAUUAUAGUCAAUACCAGUGAUUAUAUGUAUUGUUUUUUUUUUAUUAAAUAUGAAAAUAAUAUUGUUGUAUAUGUUGGUUAAAAUUGAAUAUUAUAUACGUGGAGAAAAGUUUGUUUAGUAUAUUAAAUUGAAAACCAUAAAUUGAAUA